GGCUUUGCAGCUUCCCUAGAAGUCUCGGAGAAUCCUGGGAGUGUCCAAGUGGCCCGGGGUCAGACAGCAAUCCUUCCCUGCACCUUUACCACCAGCGCUGCCCUCAUUAACCUCAAUGUCAUUUGGAUGGUCAUUCCACUCUCCAAUGCUAACCAGCCUGAACAGGUCAUUCUCUAUCAGGGCGGACAGAUGUUUGACGGUGCCGCCCGGUUCCAUGGCAGGGUGGGGUUUGCAGGCACUAUGCCCACCACCAAUGUCUCCAUCUUCAUCAAUAAUACUCAGCUGUCGGACACAGGCACCUACCAGUGUUUGGUCAACAAUUUGCCAGACAGAGGGGGCAGGAACAUUGGGGUCACUGGUCUCACAGUGUUAGUUCCCCCUUCUGCCCCACACUGUCAAAUUCAAGGAUCCCAGGAUAUUGGUAGUGAUGUCAUUCUGCUCUGUAGCUCAGAAGAAGGCAUUCCUCGUCCAACUUACCUUUGGGAGAAGUUAGACAAUACCCUCAAACUACCUCCGACUGCCACUCAGGACCAGGUUCAGGGGACAGUCACCAUUCGGAACAUCAGCUCACUGUCUUCAGGUUUGUACCAGUGCGUGGCCUCUAAUGCCAUUGGAACCAGCACCUGUCUUCUGGAUCUUCAGGUGAUUGCACCCCAGCCCAGGAGCGUUGGACUGAUAGCUGGAGCCAUUGGCACUGGUGCAGUUAUUAUCAUUUUUUGCAUUGCACUGAUUUUAGGGGCAUUUUUUUACUGGAGAAGCAAAAAUAAAGAAGAGGAGGAAGAAGAAAUUCCUAAUGAAAUAAGAGAGGAUGAUCUUCCACCAAAAUGUUCUUCUGCCAAAGCAUUUCACACUGAGAUAUCUUCCUCAGAAAACAACACACUGACCUCUUCCAACACCUACAACAGUCGAUACUGGAGCAGCAAUCCAAAAGUUCAUAGAAACACGGAGCCAUUCACCCACUUCAGUGACUUACGCCAGUCCUUCUCCCUGCACUCCGGCAAUGCCAACAUCCCAUCCAUCUACGCGAAUGGGACCCACCUGGUCUCAGCUCCACAUAAGACUCUAGUGGUGACGGCCAACAAAGGGUCAUCACCACAGGUUGUGUCCAGGAGCAAUGGCUCCGUCAGCAGGAAGCCUCGGCCUCAGCAUCCACACUCCUACACCAUCAGCCACGCAGCACUGGAGCGAAUUGGUGCUGUACCUGUUAUGGUGCCGGCCCAGAGUCGGGCUGGGUCCCUGGUAUAGGACAAGAGGGGAUAUAGUACUUAGAAAAGAAUAAAUGGAAUGCCUCAUAUGCAGAGGGCUUGGGGUGGGGCGAGUGCUGGGAAAGAAACACGGUUUAUUAGCAAAAAAGCACAAGAAGCAAUGCUCUUACCUGACCUCUAAGGUUUGUAAAAGGGACUAGAAUUCUCCAUCAUGAGGACUUCUUUCCCCACCAGAUAUUUCCUGGGAUUCUGUUCAAUAGCUGGAUCUCAAAGAUGUGCCAAGCCAAGGAUAAAGCAGAAUAGCACAUAAAAUCCAAACUGUAGUCCGAUGGGCUUGUUCUUUAGUCUUGCCUAACUUCAUGAUUUUUUUUAAAGAGAUUAAAGUGCCAGAUUAAAUGAAGUUUAAA